ACUCGAGGUUUGCCCGUGAAUGCAACAACAAAAGUAGAGUGUACCAUCAAUGCAACAACCAAAGUAGAAGAACAAGGAAAACAACAGUUGAGUUGAAAGCCUGAGAAAGAAAAUCAGGCGUCCGCGUGUGCAAGAGAUGAACACAGCAACUCCAUGGAAGCAGCUUCUUCUUCAUGCUUUGGAAUCCAAUACCCAUGUCAAGCAUUCUUCAUUUUUCCAACUUGCGACUGUCGGAGCUAAUGGGAAACCUGCUAAUCGAACUGUAGUUUUCAGGGGAUUUCAAGAAGAGACUGAUAAAAUCCAGAUCAACACUGAUUGUCGGACAGAGAAGAUUGAAGAUCUCAAGUAUUGCCCAUUUUCUGAGAUAUGUUGGUAUUUUACUGACUCCUGGGAGCAGUUCAGAAUAAAUGGAAGAAUUGAUAUUAUUGACGGAUCAAAUUCUGAUACCAUUAAACUCCAGCAAAGGGAGCAAUCGUGGUUUGCUAGUUCAUUGAAAUCGAGAUUGCAGUAUAUGGGUCCUGAUCCUGGUAUUCCCUCCAUUACUGAAGAAUCAUCAGAGGUUUUCAGUUUAGAUCCACUUGCAGGCCCAGUUAAUGCAUUUUGCCUGCUGGUUCUAGAUCCUGAUCAGGUGGAUUACUUGAACUUGAAAACUAACACGAGGUUAGCCUAUAGGUGUAGCAGAAAUUUGAAUGGACAGAAAAGCUGGACUCCGGAGAGAAUAAAUCCAUAGUCUCUUCUUUUCUUAUUGUAUGAAUAUUAUUAAUGAUGUCAUUAGUACAUUUGUUAAUUCAAGGCUUAGAAGCGCUCCUUGGAUUUAAUCACAUUUUGAGUCAUGUAAGAACUCAAUCGAAAUCAAUACAUUAUGGAUGAAUAUAAUAAGUUCCCACAGGUAACUCUUAUGCA